GCUUGUUUGCGACAUGUUUGCUGGUGCUUAAGAGAUAUAUUUUUGCGGAACAAUCAGUAAAAAAAAAUUGGCGGGAGUUAGGAAUCCAAGUUAAAGAAACGAAUAUAGAAUGGGGAUGUUUCAACGCAAUCAUUAAAUCUGGAGCUCUAUAACCCAAAAACUUGAUAACGCAGGUUGUUAGAAUAUUAUCUGUUCUAACCAUGUGUAACUAUUGGGUUAUAACCUGAUUAAAUGGCAUUCAAUUAUGCAUGAAGUAAAUAAAAACUCGUCUCAGACUGACGCAUCCAAAUGCAAGACUGCUACUAAGAAAAAGUUGUAAUAACCUCUAUAAACCCGUUCAGUCAACCGAUUGAGAAUUAGUUAUCUUGGAAACUCACUGCAAGAUGUUAGCCGCUGCUAAAGUUUUCUAUAUUAUAUAUGGAGUAUUGCCAGUAUUCUUAACAGCAAUUCAGGGCCAAGAAGACUGCGGAAGACUGCGGGAGAGCCAGCUGUACGAUCGUAAUAAGAUUACGUCACCGGAUGAGUACACCUGGAUUGGCCGAGUGGGCUAUAAGAACUCAGUUAAUGGAACCAUAGAAUUCCACUGCCUUUCGGUGCUGAUCCACCGGCAGUUUGCGAUUCUUCCGGCCCAUUGUCUGCUAAAUAUACCAAAUUCCGAUGCCACAUUCAUCCUUUUUGGAGACUGGCAGGCCAAACAGAACUUCAUUGAAGGUGAUUGUCGCAAGGUGAAGGAAUUCUUAAAGUGCACAUCACCCCCGCAGAUGGUGGAUAUUGAAGAACUGGUGGUGCAUCCCCAAUAUAAAUCAUCAGGGACUUUGAAUGGGCUCAACUUCAACAUCGCCCUGGCCAAACUGGAGAGGAUCGUGGAGUUCACAGACUUCGUACAGCCCAUAUGUUUGCCCCCUGUUGGCGAGGAUAAGGACAAACAUAUAGGUCAGAGGUUAGAGUGGGCGGGAUUUGAUAAAGCUCGAGAUGUGGAGGACUUGGAGUUGAAGAACUUAGAUGAUGAGUGGCGUGUGAAGACGCAGCUACAAAUAGCCAGUCUACAAUUCUGCAACUCAACGAUUUGGAACCGUCGACCACUAUUUGAGAAUCAUUUGUGCUCGGUGGGAGACAAGAAAAGCGGUCUUCUUUGGGGAUCUCCUCUGAUGGCCUUCGAAGUGUUCGAUGGAAAGCCAAGAAACUUCUACUUGGUCGGAAUACAAAUCAGUUCCAUUUCGGCACCUGGUGAGGAUCUCGACUCGUUCUUAUUUAUGCGCAUCUUGCCAUUUAGGAGUUGGAUUCAGAAAAAUAUUAAAUAUAACUAGGAAAAACACUCAAGUGAUAGAUGAGUCAAUAGUUAUCGCUAAUAAUAGAAUAAUUGAAUCAUAAAAAUCCAUUGAAUAAUCAUGUUAAGGUAUUUUUAAGCUUUAAAAAAAUUAAAAACUAUCUGAUGUUGAACAUUCUUUAAUUCUAUUAAUUUUAUUUAAAUACCAAUUGUAUUGAAAUCAUAAUUUUCUUGCCUGACUUCAGGUAAUAUUAUAGUUUUUUUAACUGAUGUAAAGAUUUUGUUAGAAGUUAAAAUGAGAGAUCGAGAAUAAUCAUUAUUACUAGUCUACUAUAAUUUAAAAAAAAUUUUCUUUA